GUACCGCCACCGAGGCAGUCAUUGCACACGGAGUAACAACACAGGGCGGGUGUGAUAAAUCCGCUACGAGGGCUACAUUUCUGCCUAUUGUUUAUCUCUGGAAAGAACAACUCCGCUUAAUAUUUAAUGUUAUUUUGAGGAUAAAUAAUUUAUCCCUCGCGUCUAUCUAUUUUCGGAGAGAGAUAUAGAGAAGAGUGAGGAGAGAGGAUUUGGUGUCGUGAGGAGCGGAACGCACGCUGGAAUAAACGGAGCACAUUUUCAGUUUCAGCACCUUGGACAGAGCACGGCGCAAUGGCACCCAUGACCGGGGAGGGAGAGUUCGUGGAGGUGCCACUGAUGGUGAGCGUGGUGAGCGUGUUCAGCCUGGUCUUCAGUGUCUCCAUCUUCGCGUGGAUCUGUUGCCAGCGCAAGUCCGCCAACAAGACCAGCAACAAGACCCCGCCCUACAAGUUCGUCCACAUGCUCAAGGGCGUGGACAUCUACCCCGAGAGCCUGAGCAGCCGUAAGAAGAAGUUCGGCGCCACGGAUCAGAGCCCCGAGCCCAUCGGCACGGGCAAGCACGCCUCCAGUCCUCUAGGGGGCAGCGGCGGUUCUCGCCCGGCCCUCCACCUGGACCUGGAGAAGCGGGACCUGAACGGGAACUUCACCAAGCUGUCGCCCGUCCACCCCAAAAUCCGCAGCUCGCCCGACCUGGAGCUCCCGUCCCCGGUGCCGGCUCUAGGGGGCCACCUGGAGCUCAGCACCCCAGAGAGCGCACUCUCCAGCCAGGCCCCGACGCCCGCCGAGCGCCCCCCCUCCGCCGCCGCCGCCACCCAGGACAAGGACGCCGGCCUGGGCACGCUCUUCUUCUCCCUCGAGUACAACUUCGAGAAGAAGGCCUUCGUGGUGCACAUCAAGGAGGCCCACGGCCUGUCGGCCACCGACGAGCAGUCGCUGACCUCCGACCCCUACAUCAAGCUGACGCUGCUGCCCGAGAAGAAGCACAAGGUGAAGACCCGCGUGCUGCGCAAGACGCUGGACCCGGCGUUCGACGAGACGUUCAGCUUCUACGGCAUCUCGUACGGCCGCGUGCAGGAGCUGGUGCUCCACUUCAUGGUGCUCAGCUUCGACCGCUUCUCGCGCGACGAGGUCAUCGGCGAGACGCUGGUGCCGCUCGCCGACAUCGACCUGUCCGAGGGCCGCGUGGUCAUGAGCCAGGACAUCAUCAAGAGGAACGUCCAGAGGAGUGCCGGGCGAGGUGAGCUGCUUCUGUCCCUCUGCUACCAGUCCACCACCAGCACGCUGACCGUGGUGGUGCUGAAGGCGCGUCACCUGCCCAAGGCCGAGAACGGAGGCCCCUCAGAGUCGUAUGUGAAGAUCAACCUUUAUCAGGGCAAGAAGCGUGCGUGUAAGAAGAAGACCCACGUGAAGAAAUGCUCUCCGAACCCCGUCUUCAACGAGCUGUUUGUGUUCGACGUGCCCUGCGAGGCCAACCUGCGCGACACCAGCGUGGAGCUCCUCCUCCUGGACUCCGAUAGGUCGGCGCGCCUGCCUGUCGUCGGCCGCCUCCUCCUUGGCACCGCCUCCCCGGGCACUCAAGGCGAGCACUGGCGCGAGAUCUGCGAUCACCCGCGGCGACAGAUCGCCAAGUGGCACGUGUUGACCGAGGACCAGCCGUUUCCGUAAAAAAACCUGCGGGGGGGGGGGGUCGAUGAGACCGCCCGUGAACUGUCACCGCCAUGACGUAGUGAGAUGGAGGAAGUGGGUGGGAGGGAGCUAGCCACAAAUGAUGUCAUCUGUCAAUCAAUCAAAGUCUAAGUCAAUCAUCUACUGGUGUUAUUGGGGUUCGGGGGGCUUAUUAAGGGGAGGGGUGGAAGGAGACAAAGAAUGCUUAAUCCAGCCAAUCAGUGAUUCCAAAGACAGUCUCAGAGGCACCCAAUGACACGUCUUUCCAUUCUUUAACAUCAACCAAUCACCAACUUGUGCAGUGCCGAUGUCAUUGCUGUUGCUAUAGCUGUUUUUUUCUUCUACAAUUACUAUGACUAUAACUCAGUGGUAUGAAAAGAAAAUAUAUGACUUGUCAAACCCUGUUAAUAUAAUGCUGUAAAUUACCUGAAUGAUCAGUUUAUUUUUUAAAGAUGCUAUCUUUUAUUUAUUGAAUGUUGAAUUGAUAAGAUUGUUUUGGUUUUGUACUUGAGUUUUAUUUUCUUUUGUUUGCCCGGGUAUGUUUUGUAACUUUGAAGUUGUAUGUCAUUACGUAACUCAUAUCGCAGCCGUGGUAACGCAGCCUAAAUUAGGCGCAAAGCGCAGUGGAGACAAACUGUUUAUGAGGGAUAGGACACUGGUAAAACUGGUCUCUCUCUGUGUGUGUGUGUGUGUGUGUGUGUGUGUGUUUGUGUGUGUGUGUGUGUGUGGUGUGUGUGUGAAAGUUAGAGAGGCCAGUUGAAAGAGAGAGGCAGAUAGAUUCCAUUCUGUCUUCUUUAUAGUGAGCACAAUGACAGAACGCAAUGUAUUGUACAUGUACCUUACUAUAAAACAUGAAGCCCU